AUGAUAACAUCAAGUGAAAUUCGAAGACAAGCAAAAAGAUUAUUGUGUAUUUGUUAUCGACGUUGGAAUAAUCGUGUCGCUCCGGAGGCAACACCAUCAUCUACAAAUGAAGAAAAUCAAGAUUCAAUAAAAAAUGAAAUUGAUUCAUCUUCACCAUUAACUCCUAUUGUUAGUACAACUAUCCAAAAUGAUGCUGAAAAAGAGACAAUAUUAAAUAGCUCUUCAAAUGUAGUACCUGACAUUGAAGGACAACAAAAUGAAACACAACUAACUGGAUCUAAUCGAAAAUUAAGUUCAAGUCGGUUGAGUUUCAAUAAAUUUAAAGAACAAUUAACUCAACAUGCACGUACUGUUAUGACUAUACCACCAGCACUUACAUCAAUUUUAACAAAUACAUCAUCCACCAAUAAUAAUAAUGAUAAUAUUAAUAUUGAACAAGUUUAUUGGGCUGAAAUUUGUAUUGAAAGAGCAAAAGAUUUAGCUGUUAAAGAUAUUAAUGGUUCAAGUGAUCCAUAUGUUAAAGUUUUAUAUGGUAAUAAAGAAAAAUAUAUAACAAAUACUGUAUCAAAAAAUUUAAAUCCUGUAUGGAAUGAAAAAUUUAUAUUUUUUGUACAUGAUUUAAAUAUUCCACUUUAUUUUAAUAUAUUUGAUCAUGAUCGUAUUGGACGUGAUGAUCCAAUGGGUACAACAAAAAUUGAUUUAUAUAAAGUACCAUUACAUAAAUUAUAUUCUGCAACACUUGAAUUACAAGAUGAACGAAGAAAUGAUGGAAAAACUGGUACAAUUAAAAUUAGUAUUACAAUGAUACCAAAAUCAAUUGAAUUUCGUGAUGAAGUUCUUCGUACAUUGGCAAAACAAUCACAAAUGAGAUCAAUAAUCGGUGGUCGCAUAGGAUCAAAUAAUGAAGUUAUAUUACCUCGACGUACAAUUGAUGUUUUUAUAAUUCAAGGACGAAAUUUAAAGUUAUCUGGUGUUAAUAAACUCUGUAGUCCUUAUAUUAAACUUAAAUUUGGAAACAAUAAAAAAUAUCGAACACAAACAAUAAAAUCUACUCUUAAACCUGAAUGGUAUCAAUCAUUUAUGUAUGAUACAACUCUUAGUGAGCUUCCACCAUUAGAAUUAGCUGUUUUUGAUGAUACUAGUGGUACAGAAGAUCUCAUAGGCCGAGGACUUUGUAAUCUGGCUCAUUUAGAUGAAGAACGAACACAUUUAAUGCCAGUUGAUCUUGAAGAUGGUGCUGGUAUAAUUGAUUUAUUUGUAACAAUAACAGGAACAACACCAUUACAAGAAGCAACCAAUGAUGGUGAAAGUUCAGCUAAUGUAGCUCUGGAUUUUAUUCCAUCAAAAUUAUCUGAUGAAGAUAUUAAACAUUAUAGUUUUUUUAAUACACUUCGAUCAAUAGUUCCAAUAUUUGAUGUUGGCAAACUUGAAAUCAAAAUUUAUCAAGCACGUGAUCUUAGUGCCAAAGAUAUAAGUGGUAAAUCAGAUCCAUUUUGUGUUGUUGAACUUGAUUCAAGUCGUUUACGUACACAUACAAUUUAUAAAACACUUGAUCCUGUUUGGAAUAAAUCAUUUGUUAUACCUGUACAAGAUAUUCAUUCUAUACUUCAAUUGACAAUUUACGAUGAAGAUACAAAUAAAAAUAAUGAUUUUGUUGGAAAAGUUGUCAUACCAUUAUUAACUAUAAAAAAUGGUGAAAAAAAAUGGAUAGCAUUAAAAGAUCGAAAAUGUAUGUCACUCGUUAAAGGUGCUAUUGAAAUAGAAGCAACAUUUAUUUAUACAAAUCUGAAAGCAGUAAUUCGAACAUUCAAUCCAAGACAACAGGAAUAUUAUCAAAUCACUGAAAAAUUUAGUCCUAUUGCUAUAAAACAACAUGUAACACGUAUUCGAAAUAUGCUGAAAGGUACCGUUGAUGUUGUGAAAUUUAUUGAUUAUUGCUUUCGAUGGGAAAAUCCACGGUUGAGUUUUUCGGUUUUAAUGGUUACUCUUGUUUUUAUUUGGAAUUUUGAAUUGUAUAUGUUACCUUGUAUACUUUUAUUUUUAUUGGCACGAAAUGUAAUUGCAGAAUAUCGUCGAAAUCGUCUUAGAAAAUCUCAAUCCAGUUUAGAUGAUGAAACCAUAUCGGAUAUUGUACAACCAGCUCCUCUAGAUGAAGAAAUCCUAGAUGAUGAUAUUAAUACAAAAGAACAGAAGGUAUCAUUUACUGGUGUUAUACAGAGUAUUCAAGAUACAGUUAUGGAAAUACAAGGUUAUAUAGAUAGUGUUGCUUCAACAUUGGAGCGGAUUAAAAAUUUAUUUAAUUUUGCUGUUCCUUGGUUGUCCAUUCUCUUUAUUAUUCUACUUAUACUUGUCGGAAUAGGACUCUAUUACAUUCCACUUCGAUAUUUAAUUAUUGCAGUUGUUAUUAGGGAAUUUACAAAACGAUUUGGUAAACCUAAAGAUUUUACUCCUAAUAAUGAACUAGCUGAUUUUAUGUCACGAUUACCUUCUGAUAUUGAACUAAUGCGAUACCGAGAACUUAAAGUUCUUUCUCCUUCAUCAACACGAAAAAUAAAUAAAAGAUCAACUACAAAAUAA